UGGCUGCGCUCCGCCGGGGCUGGUAGUGCAGGUGCCGCUGCGCGGGGCUUGGGGAGCCUGCGCGCCGAGCCGAGCGGAGUCGCGGAGGGAUGGGGAGCGGGCCGCCCGGGCUGCAGCAGCACCGGCGCGGGGCGUAGGCGGGUCGAGCGGGCGAGAGCAGGCGCUCGGGCGAGAAGUGUGGGGCGCAGGAGCACUUUGCGAUAGGAUGAGGCUCCGGGCUGGCGCGCGGUAGUACUAUGAUUUGGUAUGUGGCCACUUUGAUAGCAAGUGUGAUCAGCACCCGAGGUCUCGCGGCUCAAGCUGCCCACGGCCUGCGAGAGGAGCCCGAGUUUGUGACGGCGCGAGCUGGCGAGGCCGUGGUUCUGCGAUGCGACGUGAUCCACCCAGUGACUGGGCAGCCCCCGCCCUACGUUGUGGAGUGGUUCAAGUUCGGGGUGCCCAUCCCUAUCUUCAUCAAGUUCGGCUACUACCCACCCCACGUGGACCCUGAGUAUGCAGGCCGAGCGAGUCUUCACGACAAAGCUUCGCUGCGGCUGGAGCAGGUUCGCUCUGAGGACCAGGGCUGGUACGAGUGCAAAGUGCUCAUGCUGGACCAGCAGUAUGACACCUUCCACAACGGCAGCUGGGUGCACCUCACCAUCAACGCUCCCCCCACCUUUACAGAAACACCCCCCCAGUACAUUGAGGCCAAGGAGGGGGGCAGUGUCACCAUGACCUGCACAGCUUUUGGGAACCCCAAGCCGAUUGUCACCUGGCUCAAGGAGGGGACACUCCUAGGUGCUAGUGGGAAAUACCAGGUGAGUGAUGGGAGCCUGACGGUGACGUCGGUCAGUCGGGAGGACAGAGGUGCCUACACCUGUCGCGCAUACAGCAUCCAGGGAGAGGCAGUCCACACCACCCACCUGCUUGUGCAAGGGCCUCCCUUCAUAGUGUCCCCUCCUGAGAACAUCACUGUCAACAUAUCCCAGGAUGCUCUGCUGACCUGCCGGGCGGAGGCGUAUCCCGGCAACCUCACUUACACCUGGUACUGGCAGGACGAGAAUGUCUACUUUCAGAAUGACCUGAAGCUGAGAGUGCGGAUCCUGAUCGACGGCACCCUGAUCAUCUUCCGGGUGAAGCCCGAGGAUGCAGGGAAGUACACCUGCGUCCCUAGCAACAGCCUGGGGCGCUCCCCCUCGGCCUCCGCCUACCUGACUGUGCAGUACCCAGCCCGUGUCCUCAACAUGCCCCCCGUGAUCUACGUGCCCGUGGGAAUUCACGGCUACAUCCGCUGCCCCGUGGACGCAGAGCCGCCGGCCACCGUGGUCAAGUGGAACAAGGACGGCCGCCCCCUGCAGGUCGAGAAGAAUCUCGGUUGGACCCUGAUGGAGGACGGCUCCAUCCGCAUUGAGGAGGCCACAGAAGAGGCCCUGGGCACGUACACCUGUGUGCCUUACAACACCUUGGGGACCAUGGGCCAGUCUGCUCCCGCACGGCUCGUCCUGAAGGACCCCCCGUACUUCACGGUGCUACCAGGCUGGGAGUACAGGCAGGAGGCCGGCCGGGAGCUCCUGAUCCCCUGUGCUGCUGCGGGGGACCCCUUCCCUGUCAUCACCUGGAGAAAGGUAGGGAAGCCCAGCAGAAGCAAGCACAGCGCCCUGCCCAGCGGGAGCCUCCAGUUCCGAGCCCUGAGCAAGGAGGACCACGGCGAGUGGGAGUGCAUCGCCACCAACGUGGUCACCAGCAUCACUGCCAGUACCCACCUGACCGUCAUCGGCACCAGCCCCCACGCCCCAGGCGGAGUCCGGGUCCAGGUCUCCAUGACAACUGCCAACGUGUCCUGGGAGCCCGGCUACGAUGGAGGAUUCGAGCAGACAUUCUCAGUUUGGUACGGACCUCUGAUGAAGCGGGCGCAGUUUGGACCCCAUGACUGGCUGUCUCUGCCAGUGCCCCCGGGGCCCAACUGGCUGCUCGUGGACGCCCUGGAGCCCGAGACUGCGUACCAGUUCAGCGUCCUGGCCCAGAACAGGCUGGGGACGAGCGCCUUCAGCGAGGUGGUCACUGUGAACACUUUAGCAUUCCCCAUCACAACCCCAGAACCCCUGGUGCUGGUUACCCCACCGCGGUGCCUCACAGCCAAUCGGACCCAGCAGGGUGUGCUGCUGUCCUGGCUCCCACCUGCCAACCACAGCUUCCCCAUCGACCGCUACGUCAUGGAGUUCCGUGUCGGAGAGCGCUGGGAGAUGCUAGACGAUGCCAUCCCAGGCACCGAUGGAGACUUCUUCGCCAAGGAUCUGUCACAGGACACCUGGUAUGAGUUCCGGGUUUUGGCCGUCAUGCAGGACCUGGUCAGCGAGCCCAGCAAUAUCGCCGGUGUCUCCAGCACAGACAUCUUCCCCCAGCCGGACCUGACGGACGACGGCCUGGCGCGGCCGGUCCUGGCUGGCAUCGUAGCCACCAUCUGCUUCCUGGCGGCUGCCAUCCUCUUCAGCACCCUGGCCGCCUGCUUUGUCAACAAGCAGCGCAAGCGUAAGCUCAAGCGCAAAAAAGACCCUCCGCUCUCCAUCACCCACUGCAGGAAGAGCCUGGAGUCCCCCCUGUCCUCGGGCAAGGUGAGCCCAGAGAGCAUCCGGACGCUCCGGGCCCCCUCCGAGUCCUCCGACGACCAGAGCCAGCCCGCAGCCAAGAGAAUGCUGAGCCCCAGCCGGGAGAAGGAGCUGUCCUUGUACAAGAAGACCAAGAGGGCCAUCAGCAGCAAGAAGUACAGCGUGGCCAAGGCGGAGGCCGAGGCGGAGGCCACGACGCCCAUCGAGCUCAUCAGCAGAGGCCCCGACGGCCGCUUUGUGAUGGGGCCCUCCGAGGUGGAGCCCGCGGUGAAGGGCAGGCGCAUCGAGGGCUUUCCCUUUGCCGAGGAGACGGACAUGUACCCCGAGUUCCGCCAGUCUGAUGAGGAGAAUGAGGACCCCCUGGUGCCCACCUCGGUGGCUGCCCUGAAGUCCCAGCUGACCCCUCUGUCGUCCAGCCAGGAGUCCUACCUGCCUCCACCAGCAUACAGCCCCCGGUUCCAGCCCCGCGGGCUGGAGGGCCCCGGCGGCCUGGAGGGGCGGCUCCAGGCGACGGGCCAGGCCCGGCCGCCCGCCCCCCGGCCCUUCCACCACGGCCAGUACUACGGGUACCUGAGCAGCAGCAGCCCCGGGGAGGUGGAGCCGCCGCCGUUCUACAUGCCAGAAGUGGGCAGCCCCCUGAGCUCGGUCAUGUCCUCCCCGCCCCUGCACACGGAGGGGCCCUUCGGCCACCCCACCAUCCCCGAGGAGAACGGAGAGAACGCGUCCAACAGCACGCUGCCCUUGACUCAGACCCCCACGGGCGGGCGCUCCCCGGAGCCCUGGGGCCGGCCGGAGUUCCCCUUCGGGGGCCUGGAAACCCCGGCCAUGAUGUUCCCCCACCAGCUGCACCCCUGUGAUGUGGCCGAGAGUCUGCAGCCCAAGGCCUGCCUCCCCCGAGGACUGCCCCCCACCUCCCUCCAGGUGCCCUCGGCCUACCCGGGCAUCCUGUCUCUGGAGGCGCCCAAGGGCUGGGCCGGCAAGUCGCCGGGCAGGGGCCCCGUCCCAGUGCCCCCCGCCGCCAAGUGGCAGGACAGACCCGUGCAGCCGCUGGUGAGCCAAGGGCAGCUAAGACAUACCAGCCAAGGUAUGGGCAUCCCCGUGCUGCCUUACCCCGAGCCGGCCGAGCCGGGGGGACACGGUGGCCCCAGCACAUUCGGCCUGGACACCCGGUGGUACCAGCCCCAGCCCCGGCCCCGGCCCAGCCCCCGGCAGGCCAGGCGCGCCGAGCCCAGUUUACAUCAAGUGGUGCUACAGCCCUCCCGGCUCUCGCCUCUGACCCAAAGCCCCCUCAGCUCCCGCACCGGCUCCCCGGAGCUGGCCGCCCGGGCCCGGCCUCGCCCCGGCCUCCUGCAGCAGGCCGAGAUGUCCGAGAUCACCCUCCAGCCGCCGGCCGCCGUCAGCUUCUCCUGCAAGUCCACGCCGUCCACGGGCUCCCCGUCCCAGAGCAGCCGCAGCGGGAGCCCCAGCUACCGGCCCGCCGUGGGCUUCACCACGCUGGCCACGGGCUACCCCUCCCCUCCUCUGGGCCCCGCGGGGCCUGCGGACAACUUGGAUGUGUUUGGACAGACGCCUUCCCCUCGAAGGAUGGGGGAGGAGCUGCUCAGACCAGAGCCCCCCCCACCACAGUUACCUACUUCAGGGACACAUCCACCCGCCCCCGGGAACGCCGCUGCACCUGAGAGGCUGGAGGCUCUGAAGUACCAACGGAUAAAGAAGCCCAAAAAGUCAUCCAAGGGCUCUUCGAAGUCAAAGAAACGAUCCGACGGUCCUGCCUCCCAGGCUCAGCAGCUUCCAAACUCUCAGGUCCUGUGGCCCGACGAAGCUGUCUGCCUCCGGAAGAAGAAGAGACACACUCGGCCGGACCCCUUUGCCCGCCUCUCAGACUUGUGCCAUCGCCAGCUUCCGGAAGACCAGACGGCCAUCCUCAACAGCGUGGACCACGACGACCCCGGCCAUGCCACUCUGCUGUGACGACACAACUCUGAAGUGCUCCCGGAGUGAGAGGGCGGGCCGAGGGCCGGGGCGGGGUGUGCCGCGCUGGGUGCCGGGGGCCUUGGCUCUCCCCCCCCCCCCCCCCAAUGGCCUGGCCGGUACUUCUGCUCACACCUCUGUUCUGCUUCCGCCCCUUCAUCUCUGGGCAGAGCGGCGUCUCCUCCACACCUGGCCCGCUGGCCUCGUCUUUAGGACAUGGGACCGGGCAGACCCUCCGGUGGUGGGUGGAGGUCAGGACGUGGACUGGGGACAGGGCGGGAUGCCUGCUUCCGCCCACCGCUCCCCUCUUCCUGCCGUGGGUUUUUCUCACUUCUUCAAAGAUCUUUGCAAGUAAGGAGGCAAGCGGUGGCUUGUACUGCUCUCAGCUUCUGCUUCGGCUUUUAAAGUCCCCCCAAGCGCUGCAUAUAUAUAGAUAUAGGUGCAAAUCAUAGCUUCGUAGUGUGUGGGCUUCUCUAUGUGUAUAUAGAUGUACAUUGAAGCAAAGUGCUGUUUAUUUCUGUGGUCAGUGAAAGAGGCGGGAGCUCAGUAGUUGGACCGCGGAGAGCUGGGUGGGUGUCCUGACGCCCGUCUCGGGGAUUUUUUUCUUCCUGAAACAGGAGUCACGCCUUCUCAGCCGAUCUCACCAUUGGACUCUCCACCUUCUCCCACCCAGAGCAGAAAUGGGGGCUUGCCGUUGAUUUCCAGCUGCCUGCUUUGGGGGUUCGGCAACGCGUUGCCCCAGAACUAAACACAAGCCUGUAUUUCUUGGUUCCUGGGUGAAGAAAGGGGGGCAGGCAAAGGGCCAGACUGGCAUCUUCCUUCCACGGUUGGGCUCAGAAUGGAAGCUUCUUAGCAGCAGGCCUGCUGUACCAGCUCGCGCACUCACCCAUCAGCCCCUUCGGGUCCAGCCCGGAGCGGGCGGGAGCUUUGGGGCCAAAGGGCCUCCAUUCUGGAGCCGCCUGCGCUGCACACCUCGCCGCCGUUGCUCUAUUCAUAGCCCGCCUCCGGCUCGGCGCCCUCGGAGCGCGGAUCCAAAGCCGCUGACUGGGUUCUUCCUUUCCUUUUGUGGGAGCUAAUUUCCCAGAUUGAUUAAUUGCCACUUGCGGGGAGCCCGCCGGCGGCUCCUCUCCCUGCUCUCCACGUGCUGCCUGCAGACUCUGCUCUGCCCGGGGCCCCCCUCCACCCUGUGGGCCCAGUGUGGGCGGAACGGGAUCAGAUGAAUCUAGGAUGCCUGGGGGUUCUGGGGGUGCUCUGGACCCCCUCUCUUCCCCUGGUUCUGUUCAAGUGGAACUGGCUGAGGCAUGGAAUGAAGGUGGAGGGGGCGCUCUGCCCAAAUCUUGUCCUAGUUCAAACUGUUAGCACCAGACGCUUCUGUGAGGUCAUCUUAAAAUACCUGAAUAUGCACCACCACACCUCUCUCUCUCUCUCUCUCUCUCUCUCUCUCUCUCUCUCUCGUCAGAUGAUGGCACUGUCCAGGCACAGGGCAGAGUCCGAGGGGGCAGGUGUGUCUGGUUUCUCUUCCCUCCUCCUGUGCAGGAGCCGCCCUGCUGGCUGCCGGGGUCCAGGUGGCUUUUGGGUUCCUUGAAGUCUUUCCUUGGUGCUGCUGUCCUGGUGGGUUUGGGGACAUCUACCUCUCCCCAGUCACCUGCUCACACAUCGGCCAAGUCAAAGCACUGGAGGCGGCCCAGCCCCGUGACCGAGGCCGGCGGGGCCUCCGAGAGCAGGAAGGCCCUCCUGCUGGAUGCUUCCCUCUCAGGGCUGGGCGCUCGGCCUCCCAGACCCGGUGCUUUCUUUCUCCCGGCUGCUGCGCCUGGGGACAGUUCCAACGCGGGUCUGCACCCCGGUCGCAGCCACAGUCCGUUUCUCAAUGCAAGAGGUAGAAAGGGCGGUGUCUGGCCCUUGUCUGUCAACGGCCUCAUCUCUCCGGGGCUGGGCCAGCGCCCUGGGGAGGACCCUGGACCUUUCGGCUGAUGUUAAACUUCUCUGAACAUCCAACUCCACUUUCCCACUGGCCCGCGGCCCCAGCUAAAGGGAGCCGGGGGUGGUGGUGGUCUUCCUUGCAGGGCAGCACUGCCCCUGCCACGAGCCCAUCAGCGAUCACAGACACCUCUGCUGGGCACGGGCCUCGCUCUGCGUCAGGCGCCCCGUCUGUGCUCGCCACCUGCAGUUUCUCACGCGGGCCGGGUCCCAGCUGCAACGCCGACGUGGGGUGUCAGGGACGUGGGUCUGCGGGAUGAAUUAGGUCAGACUUUCUCAGCCCUGCGUUGGAAUUCUGGGCCCUUCCGGUGACAACAGGAGAAGACGAGGGGGAAGCUUUGCCUUUUUGGGGUGUCGUACAGGACGGAGAGCCAGAGUCUGGGCUGAGGUGCCGCGGGCUAUGGCUGCGCUUUCCAGGGGGACCCCACCACCGCGAGUGUCACCAGCGCUGACCAAGGUGCUGACUCCUUUUUUUCCUUCCUCUGGCCACGCCCUCACCUCCAGCACAUCAGGCCCAAUGAUGGGAGCAGAGUGUGUCGCUGGCCACUGGGUGGCAGCUGUGCGGGGCGAGGGAAGGACACAGGCCCCCCUCUCCUCUCCGAGUGGCCGUGGGCUCAUUUCUCCUCCCGAGAGCGCUUCCUUCUGUGACAGUGUCUUUGAGGGCCAGCGGCCUUCCUACCCCCUGGGAGCUGUUUCAGUACCUCCUGCCAGGACUGUGAUGGGAAUUGCCAGAAUGCAGUGCCUCUGUCCCCGGGGGGAUGGAGGGAUGGUGUCUCCCGUAGACACUCAGGUGCUGGUGGGGGGUGGGGGGGGGGGCCUGUGUGAAGGUGUGCACGAUGGGGUGCAGCCAUUUCUAAGGACCAGAUGUCCUAUGUCCUCUGUCCCGGAGCGAUGGCCACGGCCCUCUCCAGCCUCCUAGGACAGUGGUCGGCAAACUGCGGCCCCUUGAGUGUGGCUCUUCCACAAAACACCACGUGUGGGCGCGCACGUACAGUGCGAUUGAAACUUCAUGGCCACACUCAAGGGGCCAAAGAGCCGCAUGUGGCUCGCGAGCCGUGCUUGGCCAACCACGGUCCUAGGACUUCCACGCUCCACCGUGCGGGAGAGCAACUGUCUUCCAACCUUCCCCGUUCACGGCCUGGCAGCCUUGCCAUGGAAGGAGCUCAGACAAAGACCGAUUCCCAGGUCUCGUCGUGGGCCUGGCCCUCCAUUCUGCGUCUCCACUGGACACCUCGGCUGUGUCAGGCUCGGGAUUCCGUGGGCCAGGAAAAGGGUCAGAUGCUGUGAGAAGGAGCUUGUCAAGCAUGUGAGGGACCCGCCGCCGCCGUGGUUUGGGGAAAGAAAAUGAGCCGUAAGGAGAAGGGAGUCCCGCGUCUCGACAACACUGGUGGGUUUGGGGGCAGGAGUGGGGUCCUGAGGGAGGCUCGUCGUGGUGGCCCUGCCCAGCCUGUGCUGGCAGCGUUGCCACAGCCUCGCCCAGCCUGUCCCCCUGGAUCUCUCCUUGAGGGGGCUGGGGGGGCGUGUGAGGGGCCUUUUGAGCUUCUACUUUCUCAGCAGGAAAGCUGCUUCAUCCCCAGGGCUGGCAGGGUCCCUGUCCCCCUUCGAAGAGGCCUGUGUCCCCCUCGUCAUGUUCUCCGGGUGGCGGGGAGCGGGGUGAGAAAUCAUGGCUCUCCUUCAUGCUCUCUGCGUUUAUUUUUGAUUUGGGAUCUGAACAAUCGCGGGUUGAACUGACGUCAGUGGUUUUCCUGUGUCGUUUUCAUGCAGAGGAAACUGGGGAGGACGAAGAGGUAGAGUUUCCCCGAGUAGGUUUUUAUUUAUUUUCCCCAAGGUUGGCAAAACGGCAGCUUCAGGGGAGACGCAGACUUCCGGAGCAUCAGGCGACACUGCCGCCCCAGGAUUGGGAUCCAGGGCUGGGGCGUGGGCAACGGGAGCUGCUUCUUCCGAUUUUAUUAGGAAAAGCGUUGGGGGGCUCGGGGCGGGUUGGGGAAGAAUUGUACAUAACGUCCUUUUAGGGUCAUGCAGGGGAACGUAAGAGAAGACGCUCGCGGUUAAGCUUGGGCUUGCUUUGCUUGCAUGAACGGAGCUUCGGCCGUCGCAGGGGCUGCUGGGAGCAGAGGGAAGGAGCGGCUCCCUCGGGGAAGGGUGCAGGGUCUCCCCAGCUUCUCGGCCCAGCUCUGUCUUCCUGUCUCAUCCAAUCCCCGCCCCCCCGCCCCCCGGGGCUGCACUUGCUGCUUUGGGGAGAGGGCCAGGAGGGGUGCUACCGUCCAGCUGGAGAAUGAACAAGGUGAUCGAUGGGGUGGGUCUUCAGGAAGUGGGGUUGGCAAGCGGGGGCAGAGGGAGGAGGUCGCGUUCUCGUGCCGGGUGUCUGUUGUCGGUGAGGGUGGAAGGGGAAUGGAGAGGGGGGUGGGUCACGGAGUAGAAAGUGGGGAUCCUGGGAUAAGACAGUGGGACCAAAGCUGAGGGACAUCAAGGCUUACCCUGCUCUUUGGGGCCCGUGAUAACGUAGGGGACUGCGUGCAGGUUGGAGGUCAUCUCCGGAAAAGGAGGAGGAGUGAGGCCCUGGGGUGGGGGCGGGCUGACAGGGCGUGGCAGUGAGGCUCACUUUGGGGGCACACGUGGGAGAGUGAUGCUGUUAUGCAGAAAGACUGUGGGGGUGGGGUCUUGGAAGAAGUCUUGCUUCUGAGCUGGGCUUCCUUGCUUCUAGAAUUCCUCUAACACUAAGCGUCCAAAGCAAACAAGGACAUAGUGUUCUGAUGUCUUUCAAUGUCAUGUUUGUUACCGGGGAUGUAGGGGGGUCUCCUCAGGCCCCCAGAGAGGAGCCUUGUUUGAGAUUCCCGGGCUGGCACAGCUCUGGCAGUAGAAGCGGGAGAAUCACUCUUGUGAGCUCCAUGGGCCCGUUCUCAUCAGCAGAAGCGGCAGGUGGACUCCCUCCUCUUCCUGGACCUAAAACUGUUCCUGAGCCACCGUCGCUGGGGAUGGAGACGAGGGGUUGGGACUUGGCCUUUGCAUUGACUACCCUUCCUUUCUGAAGGGCGGAGACCGCCUUCAGACCCGGAAGCUACACUGGAGGGUGGGGGGGGGGGGCUUGCUACCUAGAGGUUCUUCCCCUGUUUCUCUUCCUUCGGCAGGUUAAGGUCCCCCCCCCCCCCCCACCGGUCUGGUUGAUGCAGGAGAGGAGAGAUUUAUGCUAAGACCAGAGCAGAAGCCUCUGUCCGCUUGGAUGUCCCCAGCUCUGCCUCCUUGCGGGUCAGGAGGCCGAAUGACACAUCUCUCCUUUAGAAGAAGUCAGUGCGCCAACACUCAGAGCCCGGAUUGGCCUUCAGCCUUCCUGCAGCUCGUCUUCCGGUCAGGGGUGUCUGUCACCACCCCUCCCUCUGACUGGGAGUGAGGCCACGCUGGUCCAGUGUUUUAUUUCUGGGCCACCUUGUCUAUACUUCUCAAAUAUGUCUUUCAGGAGCAAAUAGCAUAUCCCCGCCCGAUGUUUUGUGUGCUGGGCGGCUGAGAGGGCGGGAGUGUUUUCAUGACCUGCUUUGAAGCGGAUGGAGUAAUUCCUCAUAGAGGAGUCUGAUCCAAAGGCCCCCACAGAGGAGCCUUGUCUUGAGAUGCCGAGGGUUUCUGGGUAGGAUAAGGCAACAGGAAGAAUGAGAGCGAUGAUUCUUCAUAGCUGGCCAUGCCUUGAGGAGGAAGAGUGUGAGUAUCUUGAUUGCUAAAUGCUUGGGUUAGAACAGCAGCCAGCAGUGGAGGUCACGGGUUUUCUCUCCUGUGUGGGUCUGUCAUGGUCGUUGGGGGUUUCUGAAGAGAACCGAUGACACAGGUGUCAGCUUUGGAGCCCUGGCCGGGAGAGCGAGGGCGGGGGAUUGGAGCGGAACACGUUUUCCGUUCCUGCCCCUGGCCCCUGGCCCUGCCUUUCCUAUCCCACGAGAUGGUAACAGGCAUGGCUGUCAGGGAAACGUGCUCCCCCUCUCCCUGGCACUGGGUUUCCUGGACUUACUAUUAUUUUAGGAGCUGGGGUGAGGUCUGCCCCUCCACCCCAUAAACACAGCAAUGAGGUUCCCUUUCCUUCCUCUCCCCACUUAUUUAUGGCUCCAGGGAUCUUGACCUUGUGCAUGGUUUAAGCUGGGGAGAUGGCGGGGUGGGGAAGGGAGUCUGGGAGGGGAGAGAGGCUGGGCUGGGGCGGGGGGAGUUGCAUUUGCAGCCUUAGAAAUACCACAAGCAUGCUUUUGGGCCAUGUGUGGGGUGUUCACAUAUGUAGACAGAAGGGACACACGCCAACUCUCCUCAUAUUGGUCAUGAGGACAUAGGGCCUUUUUGCUUCCUUGAGGUGAGGGCAUCUGUGAAACCUUGUUUCCAGUGGAGGGAACGGACCUACUCGUGGUCAUGUUACAAUCCUUGGAAGGGAAAUUGUCCAUCGCUCUAUCAAUGGAUAUUUAUAAAUUGCCUACGGCCAACCGUCAAAGGUCUGUCAUGAGUAGACGGUGUCCUGGCUGGGUCAGAGAAGGGACUGUCUCAUCUGUCCCUCUGGCGUUCCCAGGUUCUCAUGUGGGCUUUAGCUCCCAGCCAGCUGUCUAUUCUGUGCUCCUUUCCUGGGCUCAGGAAGUAAGAGUAUGUGUGUGAGAAGGUGUGUGUGUGUGUGUGCACGCAUGCGUGUGUGUAUGUGCAUGUGUGUGUGGUGGUGAUGUGUUUGUGGUGCGUGUGUCUUGUGUGUGAUGUAUGUUUGUGUGCUGUGGUGUGUGUGCUGUGGUGUGUGGGUGUUUGUGUGUGGUGUGUGGGUAUUUGUGGUGUGUGUUUGUGGUGUGCUGUGUGUGUGUGUGUAUGUGUGUGAAGAGAUUUGUAGGGACACACUAGUUCACCUGAGGAGCCUCAGGCCUCUUUCUGGUUGACCUUUUCUCUGGUAGGCAACUUCUGUUUUGGUAGGAGGGUGCAGUUAGUAAUAUACCACCUUCAGUGUAUUUUUUAUGGAGAUUGUAUAUAAAAUAUAUAAAUAUAUACAUAUAAUUUGUUCUAUUUUAAGGAGACGGGGGGACUUAGGGAAGGGUGGGUGGGUGCAGGGAUCAGAUGCAAUAGUCAUGCGUGGGAGGCUUCAGGCACGGGAGACAGCUGGGGCUGGGAAAUGGGAGGGCAGGAGACUGGACUGGGCCAGAGGAGUGGGGCCUGGUGCCCUCAGCACACAUAUAUACAUAGAGAGGAAACCUAUAUACAGUCUAUCUAGCUAGCUUAUCUAUAUAUCUAUAUAUCUAUAUGAAGUCAUAGUUCGCUUUAUUUUUGUACCUGUGCUUAGAGAUGUUUGGAGCAGGAUACUAGCUCAUGCCUUGGUGCCCCCGCCCCCGCCGCCCCCCCCUCCCCCCCGCCGCCUUCCCCUUCCUUCCCCUAUGCCUCUUCCUUUGAGACGCUCUGUUCAGAGUUGCUUGGGUAUUUCUGAUGGAAAUGUGUAUAUACAACAAAUCUAAGAACAACAAAGCGAGUUGGAGGCUGUGGGAGCGACUGGGUCGGAUGGCUCCUUAGCCCAGGACCCACAGUGACGCUUGCCACUGGGAUGGGGACACUGUGGCUGGAAACCGUUAGCACAGGUGCUUCCUAUGGUGAGGACGGAGAGUUGCAUUCGCCCCCAUGUGGCUGUGGGUUGGUACUCAGUUCCCCCGAAGGGGUCCAGCCCAGCAGCUCAGGGGCUUACAGUGCCUGUCCUGACUCAGGCAUUCCCGGAGGGUGUGGCGGCGGGUGGAGGGAGGUGUCUCGAGAUAGCUUUGGGAGGCUGCCUGCAUGGACUGUCUCGGAGAAGAAUAUCCUGCUUGCUCUUGCUGCAGUUUCUUGGAACCCGUGUGAAUGUGAUAUCUAGUAUAAAUAUACUAUAUAUGCUCCCCCCCCCCCACAGUUAGUAUUUUAUUUGGAAAAUAAGGUGGCUUUGGAGAUGGGAUGGUUCCAUCCCGGGACAGUCAGUAGAGGAUGAGGAGUGAGAGAAGGGCGUGGGGCAUAACGGGGAGGAGGGAGCCAGGUGGAAACUCCUUCUGGCGCCUGGCCUGGGACUUAGAACCGAAAAGUAUAUCGGAAGAACUUGACCCAGAACUGGAGAUUCUGGGGAGCAGGAGCUCACUGGUAUUGGAGCGGGAACCGUUGUGGGCCCUGAAGGAUUCCUCUCUGAGAAUUCAGGACCUCGCAUUUGCUGCGAGAGCUGCACGCCUUGCAGCCAUGGCAAUGGUCCCCUGGUGCUGGCUCUUUCUUCCGACUCGCCAGGAGCUGAGAGCCGUGUGUUUGGAGCUGGUGCAGGGCCAGGUGGUGCAGGCAGCCAGGAGAAACUCAUGGAUGAGUCUCUCUGCUCUCAUCCGGCUUGUCAACUAAAAGGCAAUAGAACUCUCUUCCCCAACCAAAGGGGCAGCUGCCCAAGAGCUCUUGUCCCAUGGAGUUUGAUCAUUAGAGGGACCCAGAUGGCUCGGCCAUGGGAAGGACUCUUUUAACAUGUUGGGGUUUUAUGGGAAGAGUAGGGUGGGUAGGGUGGAGCUUGAGUCUGAGUCCUGACUCCUUUGCCUCCAUAAUGUAGACCUUAUGGGUCACUGCCCUUCCCUCAGGCACUGUCCCUGGGUCCCUGAAUUACCUGCUCAGAACAUCCCCAAUUUCCAAGGACGCUGAAGGAGUACUGGAAGGGCACCAGUACUGGGUCCACGUGGCUGUGUGUCUGUCCUCAGAGGUGGUUGUUUCCUGCAGUCUUCGCUGGAGGCCAGAGGGGCAGGCAGCCAGGUGUUUCUUGUAAGAAUUUCUAGGGAGGUUGAGCAAGAGAAAAAGUGGCACAUUCUGUGCCCCUUCCUGGCUUGCAGCCCCUUCCCCACACACAAAGGAGCCUCCCCAUUCCUGUUCUAGAGCCACCCUCCUCUCUUGCUCUACACACCCUGUCCCACACCCAGUGCACAUGCAACUAGUAGAAUAAAUUACUUCAGCACGACAGGCCCCUCAGAGGGUUAGUCCCUCCACUAGGUCUCGUGUUGGUCUAAACUCGACUUCUGUCCACGUUAAGGCCAAGGCUGGAUGCGUAGAAAUUUCAGUGGCCACCAGGUAUAGGAGAUCAAGAGUCACUGACCUACCUGCACAUAACCCAUCCCAUCCUCCAGGCUCCAGUUGGGCUCUUCAGUCAUGCGAGCAAAAGUGAAGACAAGAGACAUAACCCCUACCUUGAAAUUAUGGAGCUGGGAGGGGAUGUCAUUCUUACCUCUGCCUUUUCCUGGCCACACAGCCUCAGAAAGAUGGUGAAAAGGUAGACACUGGAGAGGAAAAAUAGCCCAGCAAAGAGCUUCAAUUUCUCCGAAGAGCCAGUCUUUCCUAAAGGCAUAAAUGGAUUGAGAUCUGAUGGGAUAUGGAGUCAACAAAACUUCCUGUCUUUGAACCUCUCAGUUAAUGGCCAGGUUGGUGGAAUGGGUGCUCUGAUCAAGCUUUUGAGAUCCACUGUCUCUUCCAGGAACAUGAGCUGUUCCAUAUGCCCGCGCUGUAUUCCCUGGCUCCCAUGUAGUGGAAUUGUUUCAAUUGGGCAACCUCUGUCUGCUGUAUGGAAUGAGCGUUGGGAGCGGACAGACCCCCUGGGAAUUGCUCACCCAAGGAUCAGUGUGGGCCCCAUCCUUCUCUCCUUUAUCAGUACAUCUACCAAAAGCUUGGGGAAGAAGGGCUUGUUCAUUGCUCACUGACUUUUUGCUGGGUUGCUUCACUUCUGUUUGCUGUCGGUGUUAGGUUGAGCCACUGUGGACAGUAUAAUAGGACGAAGGAGAAGAGGAGGUCUACACAGCGCACUUGUCCAUGAGAGCUUGGCCAUGACAUUGGGGUGAGGGAUGUCUCCUGUGUAUAGUGCCCAGGGCCUGGGAGAGGGGGUACGUUAUGUAAUGAUCUCCAUUGCUGGAACUUUAGACUGAAGUGUUACCAGGGGAGUGGUUGGUUUAGUAGAGAAUAGCAGUUUAAAGCUCCAUUUACCAAGUCGUAUACAUCAAUCUCGAAAAAUCAUAGCGUCUCGUGGGAUUUCAUUUCCGAACUACCAUCUGUGGGGCCCGAGAUGGAGGGCACGGGAUGGGAUGUGCUUUCUCCAGGCGCUCCUUCUCCAUAGCCCCCGACUGGAAGGGACCGCCUCCUGUUUCCUGCCAGUGACGUCUGGUUCCUUUUAUCUUCAACGUUUCCUCUUGUCCCAGGAGAAAUUUAUCAUCCUGGAUCGAACUCUUCCAUUGCACGGCUGGAGGCAAUUUUGUCGGCAUUGCGCUCCCCCAUUUCACCCCCGUGCUCUGUGGACAUGCAGAGCGGGGGGACUAGGCAGUGUGGGUGGGGAGCGGCUUCUGAGGCUGCCUCCUCCAGGCCUCUGAAAGAGUCCAUACCUCUAGAUGCCUCUUGCAUUCGUUCUUCUUUUCUAACGAGUCUGGAUACGACUUAUCAGUUUCGUCCUGGGGGUUCCGGCUCCCAUUUCGGACUCUUUGAUUUCCUCCUUCAGCUUCCUUUGGGGGUCAGCCUCCAUCCAUGCCAGGUCUUCGGAAGACCCUUCAGCCUCGUUUCCAUUUCUUGAAUGUCGAGUAUUACAACAUAAUUGCGCUAGGGUGCUUUAUGGUGCUGUUCUUGAAGAGGCCAGCUGGACUGAACCUCCUCUGUCCCACUGGUUCCUUAAACUUUGCUGUAUUUUUUUUUUUUUAUUUGAUUUACACCCACCCUCCACCCCCACCCCGGGGUUUGGGGAGGGAGGUGGGGGAGGGUGGCUUUUGUGUUUUCUCUUUUCUGUAUGUAUGAACUGGUUAAAGUCAGUGAUCACGGGCAGCUGACUUCAUGGUAUUGGUUGGCUGACUUUGGUUAACGAUUCAAGACAAACCAACACAUUGUACAGCUGCACACAGAAACACCUUUGAGUGUGAACUUGAAUGGCAACUCGAGGCUUACUAUUUGAACUUCAGGUAUGUAACUGAAAAGUAAAUAAAAACACUAUUUUUUCA